AUGGCCUUAUCCGACUCGGCCACCAACAGCCGGGAGAUGAGAUCUCGCGCUGUCAGGAGGCUCGCCAUGAUCCUUGUCCUCGUCGCCGUCGUCGUCCCCGGCGCUCUGCUCUACGGCAUUCUCAUACCAUCAUACCUCCGUGGGCGUGAUAGCUCACCCAUAUUGGACGUGGCCGUCGAGACAGUCGAACCCCAAGACCAAUUGGAGAUGAUUCUGAGGGCAGCAGACAUGGGGAACAAGACGGUGAUACUGACCACCUUGAAUGAUGCAUGGACGGAACCUGGAUCGGUUUUGGAUCUCUUCCUCGAGAGCUUCCGGAUCGGCAACGGGACGAGCCAGCUUCUGAACCACUUGGUGUUCAUCACCAUGAGCCAGAAGGCGCACGAGCGUUGCACGUCUAUGCGUGGCCAUUGCUUCGAUCUCAACACCAAGGGCGCCAACUUGUCCGAGCAGAAGGACUACAAUACUCCCGGCUACUUGGAUAUAAUGUGGCAAAGGUUGGAUUUCCAACGCCAAGUUCUCGAGAAAGGGUACGACUUCAUAUUCACGGAUACAGACAUCUUGUGGUUUCGGAAUCCUCUUCCACAGUUCUACCCCCAAGGAGACUUCCAGGUAUCCUGUGACAGGUUCUUCGGCAACGCCACUGAUCUGGAGAACUGGCCUAGCAAUGGAUUCAACUACGUGAGGUCUAACAAUAGGACCAUCUCAUUCUUCAAGUACUGGUACUCGGCAAGAACAAAAUAUCCCCAGGAUCAUGAUCAGGCUGUGUUCAACUACAUCAAGCAUGACGCGUACCUCAGGGAAUUAGGGUUGACGAUUAGGUUCUUGGACAGUAAGUACUUUCAUGGGCUCUGUGAGAUACGAAGCAGAGACUGGGAUGCCGUUUGCACGAUGCAUGCAAACUGCCGUAUUGGGUUAAGCAGUAAGCUCAGUGAAUUGAGAGGCAUGCUUGAAGAGUGGAAGAAGUAUAUCUCUGGCAAUCACCCUUAG